AUGCUCCCCACACCAUCCACCGACCACGUCUCCUUCGACACCAUCUACGAGCCCUCAGAAGACUCCUACCUCUUCCUCGACACCCUCUCCUCCACAUCCGAAUCCGAAUGGCUCUCCACCCGCUUCAAUAGCACCCAAUCCCCGCCCAGCCCCCUCAUCGUCGAAGUCGGCACCGGCUCCGGCGUCGUCCUCGGCUUCGUCGCCGCGAACUCGCACGAGAUCUUCGGCCGCCGCGAUAUCCUCACCCUCGGCACAGACGUGAAUCGAAACGCCUGCCUCGCCACCCGCACAACAGUCCAGACAGCCAUCCACGAGCGCCAGCACGACGCCCCGCUCAAAUCCGCACAUCUCUCCUCCGUCCUCGCGGACCUCUGCAGCCCCCUCCGCCCAGGCACUGUCGACGUCCUCCUCUUCAACCCCCCAUAUGUGCCGACGGAGGAUCUGCCGCGCCUGCCCUCCGCGACGGAGCACGAGGCCGCCGCGGCGUCGAUGUCGCGGUCCGCCAAGUUCGAGCAUGAGUCGUAUUUCCUCUCGCUGACGUACGCGGGGGGCAUGGAUGGGAUGGAGACGACGAACCGGUUGCUUGAGGCGAUCCCCGGUGUGCUGCAUCCCGAGCGCGGAGUGGCGUAUGUGCUACUUUGUGCGCAGAACCGGCCGCAGGAGGUCAAGGAGCGGAUACGCGGAUGGGGAGGAGGAUGGAGGGCCGAGACGGUUGGGAACAGUGGGACGCAGGCUGGGUGGGAGAAGUUGGUUAUCGUAAGGAUUUGGAAGGAAGGGGUUUAA